AGAGCUCAAAAGCCGCCGCUAUGUCGAUGUCGGGGAGACAUCGAGCGGCAGCAGCGGCGGCGGCUAUGACAGGACUGGUGAUGAUGAUAGCUGCUCUGCUGAUGAUCUUAUGGUCGAGUCAUCGAGAAGCAUCGACUGGACUGGUUGAAGAUGUCACCGACCCCCUCAUCAAGCACAGGUUCCUCUCCAAGUUCCAAAAGGCACGAGCUCGUCAUGAUGGAAGCAACUUGCACAGCAACACCUUCUUAGAUACCAACACUGAUUUGAGUGGUGAAGCUACCAAAGGACGCAAGAGAAAGGUCCUUACAGAUGCUCAGAAGGCAAAGAUUGCCGAGCAGAUGAAGAAGUUAAGGGCUGAGAUUCUCAACGACUACAGCUCCAACACCAAAUUUGGCAAGAGAGUCGACUGUUCCUACCCGUAUCCGGCAGCUUCGUGUAAAGGCCAUGCAGUUGAUAUGCAGUCGAAUUCAAUGCUCCCCCCUGCAGCCUUCGGGAAAUUUUAGAUCAAGUGAACAUAUGAUGGUGAUAAUCAAUUUUGUUGGAAACUGUAUAGUUUAUUGCAAUGAAUUUUCAAUCUAUUCUA